AUGGGGAUGCGGAGUCCGGCGCCAAGGCGGCGCGGGCGUCGCGGGGCGGCGACACCGCCCCGGCGCGCGCUCAUCGCGUCACGCGACACCCUCCGCGCGUGGACCGAGCUCGGGUGCGUGCUCGCGCUCUUCUGGAUCGCCGAUCGAAGCGGCGCGGUGCCGGACGCGGAGAAGCACUACGACAGGGAUCUCUUCUGGGCCAUCUUCGGGGCGCUGGGAGCGUACGGAUGGUUCACCACGGCGAAGGAGUGCCGGUCCAACGCGCCUUUGAACCGCGAGCAGACGGAGGAGUGGAAGGGGUGGAUGCAGGUGCUGUUCCUGCUGUACCACUACUUCAAGGCGUCGGAGAUUUACAACGCGAUACGGGUGUUCAUCGCGGCGUACGUGUGGAUGACGGGAUUUGGCAAUUUCUCGUACUAUUACGUGCGGAAGGAUUUCUCCUUUCACAGGUUCGCGCAGAUGAUGUGGAGGCUCAACUUCUUCGUGUUCUUCGUGUGCCUCGCGAUGAGGAACGACUACGUGCUCUACUACAUAUGCCCGAUGCACACCCUGUUCACGUGGGCGGUGUACUUUGCGCUCUACGUCGGCCGCGAGCACAACACGAGCACAAACGUUGUCCUCGGAAAAUUCGCCGUGUGCUUCGCCGCGUGUUACGUUUUGUGGGAGAUACCCGGGGUGUUCACAGCUGUGUUCGGGCCGUUCCAGGGCUUGUUCGAGUACGUGGACCCGAAGAAGCCUGACGUGGACCCGAUGCACGAGUGGUUCUUCAGGAGCGGGCUGGAUAGGUACGUGUGGAUUCACGGGAUGGCGUGCGCGUUUUUUCACCCUCGGUUUGAAUCCGCGAUGAAAAAGGUCGACGAGAUGGACCAACGGCGGCGGGUCACGGCGCAGUGCGCGAUCGGCGCGGCGACGCUCGGGGCGAUGUACUGGUGGUACAGCUCGGUGUACGUGCUGCCCAAGCUGGAGUACAACGCGCUGCACCCGUACACGAGCUGGAUACCGAUCACGGGGUUCAUCAUCCUCCGGAACUUGACUCGGGGUUUGCGAUCGUGGCACGUGUCGCUGUUCUGCUGGUGCGGCAAGAUCACGCUGGAGACGUACAUCUCGCAGUUUCACAUCUGGCUGUCCACGUCGAACGUUCCCAACGCGCAGCCGUCCGCGUUGAUGGCCCUGGUUCCCGGCCAUCCCAUGCUCAACUUUGCGCUGUGCACCGCGCUCUACGUGGGCGUGAGCAAGCGGGUAUUCGCGGUGACGAAUGAUUUGAAAAUCGCGUGCGUCCCCGACGACGCGAGGCAAAUCGGUUUGAACGCGGCGUUCGCGGCGGCGUGGGGCGUCGGGGCGUGGGCGCUCGGGGCGGUGCUCUCCAGCGCGUUCUGA